CUUUCCUGCCUUCCUCCCCCUAGCCUGCCCAGGGCUUCAGGGUCUGAUCUUCCCUGCGCAGCUCCCCCUCUACCCAUACCCCCAGCACCAUGUUCUCCCUUACCUCCUGGCUCCCCUCACUGCCCUCCUUGGACUGGGGCUCCAGCUUACUGGACUCCCUCCUGCAAGGCCUGAUUGGAGCCUGUGGAGUCUCUGUUCUUGGCAGCUUCACGAAAAUCUAUUUCUUCAUCUAUUGUGUGAAUGAUCCCAAGAGAAAGAAGGAAAAGGAGUACCUGGUUUCCCAGUGGGCAGUGCUGGAGCCCCUGCACCUGCUGGGGCUGACAGCCUUCCUCACUGUGGUCGGGGUCCGAGUGGCUGCCCUUGUGGUAUUGGAGUUCUCACUCCGGGCUGUCUCUAUGCUGCUGACCUUGAACAAGGGGCCCACUGGUCCCGAGUUCCUCCAGCUGUUCCUUCUGUGCCAGUAUUCCUUGGGCUGCGGGCUGACCUGCAGCCUGAGCUUCCUGCUGGAGGGGGCCCCACACCGCACUCUCAACUUGCUGCUCAGUCUGGGGCUGGCAGGGCUUCUGGCGAGCGGGGCCUGGCGACUGUACCGCCAUGUCUGCCGCCUCUACGAACUGCACAGCUGCGAGCAGUACUGUGGAGCCUGCCUGACCCUGCUGGCCAAGUGGCAAGACCUCCCCACCCUGCUGGGCCGCGCCCUGCGCGUGGCCUUCCUGGUGGGUGACAUGGCAGCCGUGGCCCUCAUCAACCGCGACUUCCUCACCACCUCGGAGGCCGUGCGCUUCUGGACUCCGCUUACCAUCUGCUAUACCUUGUUGGUCAUCUACAUGCAGGAAGAGCAGCGACAGCAUCCGAGCACACAGAGCCAAUACCAGACGGUGUUUGUGCGAAUGGGCGGCCUCUUCAUCCUCCUGCUGACCGUUGGCCACUGGCUGGACCUCAUGGGCGUCUUUAUCUCCCUCUUUGGGGAGCUCUGGUGCCUGGCUAAUUCUCGAGUCCUGCUUGACCUCUGUCAGAAGCAGGAUCUCUCCCAGAUACCUUCUGUGGUAGAACCAGAUCAGGAGAAGCCAGAAGCUCAACCUCAGCCCCACCUCUCCAGAAAUAAGGCCCAUUCCUAAGACCAGGAUGGCAGAAGUGUGGGCUCUUCCAGGACCUGGAGCCCAACAGGGACUGACCUACUGUGGGGGAGGUCUUAGAAGGACAGAGCUGGAGAUGUAACCCUGCUGGACGGGGCCACCCUAGGACCCUUCUGUGGUCCAGAAGGAAAGGGUCCUGUUGGCCUGCAGAAAGGACUCCUAGGAGAUGGUAGAGUUUCCAAAUCAGAGCCAGGCCUAGACCAGAUGGAGAGAACCCAGCUCAAACUUGGUAUUAUGGUCAUUGGACCAAUGUUAAGCUGCUGAUCUUAUCCCCUUUACCUCUUUAGGAGGAAGGAAUGAGGAGCUGACAGUCUUCAGUGGUGAGAAGGGUCCUGUACCACCCCCUCUCUGGCCUCCCUUCCUUGUCCCAUAAGAAAUAAAACAUUCAGACCCUUCCCACAGUGCGUUAUCACAGAGCCCUUUCCAGCUCAAAUGUUCUUACAGGCCAUCUAGCCCCAAAUAGGGAGACCAAAGUCUAAAGAGAACAGAUGGCUUGCCUAAGGUUCCAUGGCCAGUUGGUGGAAGAGUAGAACUCAGAACCUGCAGCCUGGCUGCGGAGGGAGAAGAGCUGAACCUGGAGGUAAAGAUCCCCACCCCAGAAAUGUAUCAGUAAUGAUGAGAUAGGUAUGGCCUCAGUGUGGUAAUCACUUAUAAUGUACCCAACGCUGGGGGGAAUACAGCUGAAUCUCCAAGUUGGACGGGCCUUCAGAGGCUCCCUAUUCCAACCUCUGAGCAGGAAUUCCUUUUACAGCAUCUUGGACAAGUGUAAUCCAGCCUUCACUCGAGGACCUCCAGGAAUGAAGAAUUCACCUUAUUUUUGAGAUAGCCCUUUCUGCUUUGGGACAGCUCUGAAUUGUCAGGAAGUCUUCCAAAUCCCUCUGCCAUUUCUACCUGUUGAGUCCUGUCCUGCCUGUGGGCCCAAGCAGAACUAGUCAUAAGAGAAAAAGUUAUCAUGGUAACAGCUGUCCCAAAGUGGAAUGGGGAGGACUCAGGAAGGAAUGGGGUGCACCCUCUCUAGAAGACUCAAGGUCAGGCCAUUUGACUGGCUCCUUGGGUCCAAGAGGUUGUAGAAAGAAUUCUUGGACUAGAUGACCACUAAAGAAAGACCCUAGCAACUCUGAGAAUCAGUGAUUCUGUGAAGUCAAACUCCUCUUCCAAAGGACAGCCUUUCAAAAGCUUAAAGAGCCAUCAUGUCCCUCUCUGAGUUCCCUUUAUUUAAACUAAAUAUUCCCAGUUCCUUUAACUAUUUCUCAUGUGUCACAGGUCCUUCCCCAUCCACAUUGUCCCGUACUAGAUGUACUCUCUUGACGCUUACACAUAUGGUCCUCUGGACGUGAUCUAACUAAGGCCAAGAACAUGGCGGCUUUCACCUCCCUAGUGCUGGACACUAUUCCUCACUGCAGACUGAGCUCCCGUUUUUGGCCACUGUACCCCACUGUUCCCUCUGUUGACUCGUUGACAGGCUUAAGAAAAUGAGGGUUGGCUCAGUUUUGGAGAGGAAACUUAAGACACGUACAAACUGAAUAUCUCUGCCAUACUCUGUGACUAAUUAAGGCCUAAUCUGGUGGCAAAGUAUUUAAAAUUGGCAGUGAGUAAAGUCAAAAUUAGCAAUGAGUCAGAUAGGAAGCUGCCUUGGGCACAAUGAAGGACGCUUAUUUAUAUUCACUUUUUUUAGGUUCUUUUCUUUUUCUUCCUGAUUUAAGAAAGGAGAGGCAGUGAGCCUGAAUGGGUACAGUACUGGUCGCAGACUCAGGAACACUAGGAUUUGAGUCCAGCCUCUGACACACACUGGCUGUGGGCGAGUCAUUUAACCUCUUAAGGCUCUAGGCAAUUCUCUAAGACCACAACUUGUGAAGAUGGUGCCCGUCUGCACUGGAGUUACCUACAUCAGUGAAAUCACUGGUCUAGUUCCUAUCCCCUAUCUUUUUUCCCCUCAGUCUUUUAUUGAUGCUCAUCUCUUUUUUUUGUAUUGAUCUUCUGUGUAUUUAAUAGUACUUUGUCUUUUCCCCAAUUGCGUGCAAGACAAUCUUUAGCAUUCAUUUUGACAAGAUUCUGAGUUCCAGAUUUUUCUCCCUCCCUCCAUCCCCUCCUCUUUUCCUAAAAUGGUAAGCAAUUUGAUAUAGGCAAUACAUGUGCUAUCAUGUAAAACUUAUUUCCGUAUUAGUUCAUAUUAGUGAAAGAAGAUACAGAUCAAAGGGGGGAAAACCAUGAAAAAUAAUAAAGUAAGUGAAAAAAAGUAUCCUUC